GUUACAUGAUGUAGUUUUCAACGAGUCAUUCAUGUCAUUGUUGGCACAAACAAAAACCCUACAUACUUUAUCAACCGAAGCAGCCGUUCACUUAUCUUUUCUUAUAUUCCAUUUUUCUCUUCUUCAUUUAGAAUUAGAGCAUCAAUUGAACCAACAGAAAGGUCAAGCUGCAGGGAUAUUGGAUAUAGAAAAAGGAUGAUGUCUCGUACAUGCGAAGAGGUUGCUCGUGGCGGAGGAGGAGAGAAAGGCAUCAUGCUAUUUGGUGUUCGAGUCAUGGAAGGGUCUUUCAGGAAAAGUGUUAGCAUGAAUAAUCUUUCUCAUUUUGAUCACCAUCAGGAUUCUAACGCAGAUGCUGGGUAUGCUUCUGAUGAUGUAGUUCAUGCAUCUGGAAGGAGCCGUGAGCGCAAGAGAGGUGUUCCAUGGACGGAGGAGGAGCAUAGAUUGUUCUUAUUGGGGUUGCAGAAAGUAGGGAAAGGAGAUUGGAGAGGGAUUUCGAGAAACUUUGUGAAGACACGUACGCCUACUCAGGUGGCAAGUCAUGCUCAGAAGUACUUUCUCAGGCGAAAUAACCAGAAUCGGAGACGCCGUAGAUCUAGUCUUUUUGAUAUAACAACUGAUUCGUUCAUUAAUUCAACUAUAUUGGAAGAAGAUCAAGUCCACCAAGAAAACGUUUCGUUACAGCUUCCACUGCCACAGCCACAGAUGAAUAGAUUUCCUAUGUCAACGUUUCCAGUGAAUUUAAGCCCUGUAGUUUUACCAGUCACGGAAGAAAAUAGGGUCAUGGAGAAUCUCACAACAGGGUCAAGCCCCAAAGCAAAACCAUCUCCAAAGCUUAUCCGUCCAAUACCAAUUUUUCCAGUUUCUCCAUCAUCAAAUAUGGCUGAUCUUAAUCUAAACCAGAAAACCCAAGUUGACCCUUUACCUCUAUCGUUGAAACUCUCAACGCCAUCGGUCGAUGAGCAGUCAACGGCGGCGGCAGCAGCACACUCGUCUUCUUUUCAGGCCAUGUCAAGUGGUGACAGCAAUAGCAUCAUCAGCGUUGCUUGAAAAAUGAAGAAUAUCUGGGGAUAUAGUAGUAAAUUAAUUGGAGCUGUAAAGGUGCAUUAAUUAGAUGAAAAAAAUGAUUAGGUGACAUUCCUUGUUUUGUGCAGGUUAAAUAUUACUUAAUUAGAGGAGGGGUCUAAAGAAAGUGGGGUGUAGUUGUCUUUGAUUUUGUAGGCGGAAAUCUUGUUCGGUCUGUCUGGUUACUGUUUGUGGACGAGAGGGAAUGUCUUCUCUGCUCAUUUUGGUUUGUUGGUUUUUAGAACUUGAACAAGUGAACAAAAAACUAUAACUGGAUUCUA